GCCUUCCUGAUUCAGCAGUGGGUGGCACAGCCAGCCCUGGGUGUGCACUGCCUUAAACACCUCCAUGCCCCUGCGCCCGUUCUCUCCACCAAGCUGCCCCUUCCUGCUGAUUUUCAUGUAUGUCGCUUUCAUACACGACCACCUGCUCCAGGGGCCUCGGCAGGCGAGGAGGGAUGAGAACCUGGCUGCACAGACAGGUCCCCUAGCAGGGCAUUGGUGUGCAAAGGGGGCACAGCAGAGCUGGGGGCUUGACUCACAAGCCGCAGACGGCUUCCUCUUCUGAUCUGCAGUGUGUGCAGGCGUGACUGUGAGCAAGCAAGCUUAUCUGCCAGCCAGAGUUGCCACAGAGGCGCGGUAUUGUGCAAACGCCAGGCCGUGAGCAGAGGAGCCUGCUGGCCCUGAGGCCCAGGUCCCUGUGUCCCUCUCCUGGGCUCUGGGCAGCUGACUUUCCCGCUAUACCAGGUUGCAGGUAGUCAUGGCCGGAGCAGAGCGUCCAGUGGCACCUGCCGGUCACUGGUGGGGACGAGUUAGGUGCGUCCUGCGGGCCAGGCGAGGGUUCCUGCGUCCUCAGUGGGAUUCCGCGGGCCUCACUGUCCUGCCUGCCUGCCAGCACUGAGUCCCUUUGAGUUAGCCGUACGCAGGCCAUCUGGUCAGCUCAUGCGAAGCCUGUGCGUUUGUAGCGGCUUUUGUUUUUGCCGCUACAGGACACAUUGCCUUUGAACUUUUGUUUCAAAUAACUUGCAACAUACGACCAGGGGAGAGAAAGUUGCCAGGAGGAUUUAGGGUUCAUGUGGCAUCAUUCUACAAUACAAGGUUGUGUGUAAGCUCAGGGUCAGAAGUCUGAGUGGCCCCAGCACCAGCUUCCUGUGACCUGUGCUGGAGACCCCUAGAGUCUGUGCUAGUCUCUCCUGCCUUUCUUUUUAGCCAUUCACUUGGGGAAAGUAAUGGUCCGUUGAACUUUGAGCUUUGGUCUGGAACUGCCUGUGGGCACCGUACCUUCUCACUUUAGGCCUUGACAUGCUCUCCUGUCCCGCUAACCCAGGGAGCGUGUCCAGAACUGCAAAGGGCAAACCCACUUGACUCAGCCACAGGAGGCCUGGGUCCCGAGGGUGACAGGGACCAACUAGAAGAGGCCUUAGUGCCACGCCAGCGUGGGGACGGCCCCGCCCCGCAGGGCAGAGAGUAGUGCGAAUGGGCAGGCACAGUACCCGCUGAAUCCCCCAGCCAGCCUUUCACAGUCACUUCCUCUCCAAGGCCUCCAGGCCAGCCGCCUCCAGCCAGCCCCGGAGCCUGAGUCUCCUCAGCACAAGCAGGAUGUGGAGUUGCAGGGAGGGGCCAGGUUAGUGCAUUCACCUCCCCCCCUCGGUUAAUUAGUCCACAUUUAUGAAGCAUUUUCCACGUGUUGGACGCUAGACUGUCUAGCAGCCUGUAGGGAACCAGAAGUAGACACAGGAACACCUGGGAAUGAGCGGGGAGGAAGAAUGCACCCCCAGGUGCCUGCACACCCCGCCCCAGCCCCGCCCCUCCUGGCAUCGGAGGGACUGAUUGGCAGUGGCUGGGGGCUGGUGGCCGGGGCGUGGCGCACAGGAUGAGCCUCCCAGCGGAGCACGGGCCAGACCGUGUCCCAGAGUGCACAGAGCCGCCUCCCUGUUCCCGCUCCCGCCCCAUCCCCGGAUCCCCAGACCCCCAGACGACUGACCCCGGCCCCCUGCCUUGGCCAUGUGCAGCCUUGGGCUCUGGCUGCUGGGCACACUGUGGCUGCAGGCGGUCGCCCCCGGCACCGCCCUGUCCCAUGUGAAGCAGUAUGAGGUGGUGUGGCCACGGCGCCUGCCAGGACCCCGAGCCCGCCGAGCCCUGCCAUCCCACUUGGGCCUGUACCCAGAGAGUGUGAGCUAUGUUCUUGGGGCCCAAGAGCACAACUUCACCCUGCAUCUGUGGAAGAACAGGGACCUGGUGGGCUCGGGCUACACGGAGACCUACAUGGCCGCCAAUGGCUCCCAGGUGACGGAGCAGUUGCAGAGGCAGGAUCACUGCUUCUACCAGGGCCACGUGGAGGGGCACCGGCACUCCGCAGCCAGCCUCAGCACCUGUGCUGGCCUCAGGGGCUUCUUCCAGGCCGGCUCUGCCAUCCACCUGAUCGAGCCCCUGGGUGGGGGCGGUGAAGAGGCGCAGCAUGCCCUGUAUGAAGUGCAGCACCUACAGCAGAAGGCUGGGACCUGCGGGGUCAGCGACAGCAGCCUGGAGAGCAUCUUGGGACCUCGGGUCUCAGCAGCCUUCAGGCCCAGGAAGUGGCCGCCAUCCCGAGAGACCCGCUACGUGGAGCUGUUUGUGGUCACGGACAGCACAGAGUUCCAGAAGCUGGGCAGCAGAACGGCUGUGCGAAAGAGGGUGCUGGAGGUGGUGAACCACGUGGACAAGCUUUAUCAGGAACUCAGUUUCCGCGUGGUCCUGGUGGGCCUGGAGAUCUGGAACGGCGGGGAUAAGAUCCAGGUCAGCCCUCAGGCCGACACCACACUGGAGAACUUCCUGUCCUGGCGCGCGCGGGACCUGGUGGGACGGCAGCUGCACGACAACGCGCAGCUCAUCACCGGGGUCGACUUCACCGGGACUACCGUGGGACUGGCCAGGGUGUCUGCCAUGUGCUUGCAGUCCUCCUCAGGGGCCGUGAACCAGGACCACAGUGAGAACCCCAUUGGCGUGGCGAGCACCAUGGCCCAUGAGAUGGGCCACAACCUGGGCAUGGACCAUGAUGAGAACGUGCAGGGCUGCUACUGCCCCGUGCCGCGGGACGGCGGUGGCUGCGUCAUGGCAGCCAGCAUCGGCCUCAAGUUCCCCAGAAUGUUCAGCCAUUGCAGCCGGGCUGACCUGGAGACGUUCGUGGAAAAGCCCCAGACAGCCUGCGUGGUGAACGCCCCUGACCCCGACCGGCUGGUGGGCGGCCCUGUGUGUGGGAACCGGUUUGUGGAGCGCGGGGAGCAGUGCGACUGCGGGGCCCCUCAGGACUGCCAGAACCGCUGCUGCAACGCCACCACCUGCCAGCUGGCCCAGGGGGCCGAGUGCGCCCAAGGCGCCUGCUGCCACGCGUGCAGGGUGAAGCCGGCCGGCGAGCUGUGUCGCCCCCAGAAGGACGGCUGUGACCUUGAGGAGUACUGCGACGGCCAACAGCCAGCGUGCCCAGAGGACGCCUUCCAGGAGAACGGAACGCCCUGCCCGGGGGGUUACUGCUACGACGGGAACUGUCCCACGCUGGAUCAGAGGUGCCAGGACUUGUGGGGGCCAGGGUCACGGGCUGCCGAGGAGAUGUGCUACGCCUAUAGCAUCUCCAUAGGCUGCAGGGGCGGCGUCCCCCUCGGCUCCAGCAGGGUCAACAGGUGUGGUGUCCUGUACUGUGAGGGUGGGCAGAAGCCCCCUGAGCGGACUUCCUGCACCCUAACCUCCCACUCGUCUGCCUGCCAGGCUCUUGCCCUGGAUGGCAGUGCCGCAUAUGAGCCGGUGCCCGAAGGCACCCAGUGCGGCAAGGAGAAGGUUUGCUGGAAAGGAUUCUGCCAGGACUUCCAUGUCUACAGAUCCAGAAACUGCUCUGCGCAGUGCAGCAACCACGGGGUGUGCAACCACAGGAGCGAGUGCCAUUGCCGCCCGGGCUGGGCCCCGCCCCACUGCACAGAGCUGCUGCCCAACGGGCGCACAGUGGCCACUGAGCAUGCAGCUGUUGACAGCAGCACGGCCUCCAGGGCCUGGCCGGGCCAUGCCCACGUCACUGUGGGCCUGGGGCCACCAGCCACUAAGUCCUCCGACCCGUCGCCUGAGAGCCUGGAGCACUGGUCAUCCGGGAGCCUCCCAAUGGUGCUGGUGCCUGUGCUGCUCCUGGUGGCUCUGGCGCUCACCGUGGCAGGCGUGGUCAUCUACCGCAAGGCCUGGAGGCCUGUCCGACGGAGGAAUGUGGCGCCCAAGACCACCAUGGGGCUCUCCAACCCCCUGUUCCACGAGGGGUCUGGCAUGCCAGCAAAGGGCAGGCCUCCGGCCCCCGCCAUGGGCUCCCCAGAGCCAAUCCCUACCACCCACCCCAGCCAGCCCUCCAGGCCCAAGGCUUCCGUGGUGACCCCUAAGCGGCCGCCUCCUGCUCCCCCGGCCGCCACAUCCAGCCCACCUUUCCAGGUUCCCGUGUACACCCGGCAGGCACCAGACCAGCUCCGACCUGCUCCUCCUGCCAAGCCCCUCCCAGCGCUGAAGCCCAAGCAGGCUGCUGGCCCAGCUGCUUCUGGAAAACUGGGGGCGACUGGAAGGGGCCUGGCAGCAUGGGGCAGUGGAACUGGUCGGCCCCCUCCUGGCAUCCUGUGGGGCUCCCAUCUGUCACCAGGGAUGUUGACUCAUCGCUUGCGGUGGUGUCUGCCCGUUUCUCUGCUGUCAAGUCCCCAUCUUCCCUUUGUAGUUAAUCUCUUUGAGGGACUUGGAGAUGCGAAUCUGAUUACUCCUUGAACUAUGACCCACAGUAUCUGCAUCCGUCGGGGCUUCUUGCCUGCAACAACCAUUACUGUGGUGUUUGCUUACUAGAGAUUCUCUCUGUCUUUCUUUCUGAACUUUUUAUUUUGAACUAAAUAUAAAAGUUGCAAAAAUAAUCUUAGGAGGGGUUUUGACAGGGCAAACGCAGGGCAGGCAGGGAGAUUUCUGGCCAAGGACGUGGUGAUAGCCAGGCAAAGGCUACAAGGGAAUUGUGCAGGCACCGAGUCCCCCGCUGCUGAGAAGGAUCCUUCUGAGGUUCUUAAAACUACAAGUUUUAAGAACUGCCCCACCCAGGCGUCCCAGGGUGCGGGGACCUGCGGCCAGGCAAGCACCUGGCUCCAUCCCAGGAAAGCUGAGAUGCAAACAAAUGCAAAUUUUACUAAUGCAUGCCUUGCCUGGCUUUUGAACUUCCAGAGACCCACAUUCUGGCUUUAAGAGCUUUUCAUGGGUAAUGUGGGGGGGCUCUGAGGAGAGAGAGGCAGUGAGAUAGGUUGGGGCUGAUCCCGGGAAUGGGGGCUUGGCCACACUUGGGUUUCAUUCUGCCCUCGGUGGCAGCCGUGGGUGUGUGUUUGGGGGGUUGUUAAGGGGACUUUUCUGUAGAGAGCUCAGCAAAGAGAAGCCUGCAAGACGGUCUGGAGCAGAGCAGAGCACUGUUACUGCAUAAAACUGGGGUUCUCUUGCCUGAUGUGCAUAAAAAAAGCCAAUUAGUUACUGCAUCGGCUUUUGGGAAAAGCUGGGAAAAGAAAUCAGCUUUAUUUUGCAAGAUCCAUCUGCAGGGAGACGGGGGGGGCAUGUGCUCUCAGAUCUGUCUCCCCGAUCCAGGGCUUGGGGCAGCAUUUACAGGAUGAAGUGGUCUGAAAUGUGGAGACAGAUGAUUGGAGGUGAGGAGAAGUGAGGUAACUGACCCAAGCGUAGUCAGACUUCAUGGGUCUUCACAGGACGCAUGUUCACAAAAUGGCGGCCUUACCAUGAUCUGAGAGUGGAGUUUUUAGCUUCUUGACCUCAAAAAGGUCACUUAUCAAGCAUUUGCACAGGCCCAGUUGAUGGGUUGGUGGUUUCAACUGGCCUGAACUGGACAAGGGGUCUCAGUUCCUGAAAGAGAGCUCUUAAUUACUCUGUUGAUAAGAUGGGGUCAGCUGCUCUGGUCCUGGAGGGCCUGCGGUUACAGCACCUGGGGAGCUUUGCUGGAAGGUGCUGGGGAGAAUGGUGCCCUGGCAUGGCCUGGACCGGUUAGGUGGCAUCCACCAUCAGCUGUGUCUGCCUCC